AUUCUUGAAGAGGGUCUGGAUGUUCAAAGCUGCAAUCUCGUUAUUAGAUUUGAUCCAUCAGCAACAGUUUGUAGUUUUAUUCAGUCCCGUGGUCGGGCACGUAUGCAAAACUCAGAUUUUUUGUUAAUGGUCAGGAGUGGUGAUUCUUCUACACUUACUCGAGUGAAAAACUAUAUUGCUAGUGGAGACAUCAUGAGGGAGGAAUCAUUACGCCAUGCUUCCCUUCCUUGCGCUUCUCUUGACAGUGAAUUGUUUAAUGAGGUUCUCUAUCGUGUUCAAAGCACGGGAGCAGUUGUGACUCUAAGUUCUAGUGUGGCUUUGAUAUACUUCUAUUGCUCACGAUUGCCUUCUGAUGGGUAUUUUAAACCUUCUCCUCGUUGUGAAAUUGAUAAGGAUUUGGAAAUUUGCACGCUAAAUUUUCCCAAAAGUUGCCCAGUACAAACCGUUAGAGUUGAGGGUAAUAUCAAAGUGCUCAAGCAACUUGUAUGCCUAGAGGCAUGCAAGCAGCUUCAUCAGAAAGGUGCAUUAACUGAUAAUCUUGUGCCAGAUAUUCUCAUGGAAGAAGCCGAUGAACAAGAAUCCGGGUAUGAACCUUACGUUGAUGAUCAAGUGGAGUACUUCCCACCUGAAUUGGUUCAUAAUUGUACAAAUGAUUCUGUGAGGACAUACCAUCGCUACUUGAUUGUGCUCAAGCGAAAUUUUGAAUAUAAUAUCCCCCGGAUUUACAUAUCUGCCACUAAUGCCAUGAAGAAAGGCAUUUGA